AAUCGCUGAAUUACCUAACACUGAUGUUGCAACCAUGGCACAUAAAUUGCUCUUUCUUCAGUUAAUAAUAUUUAUUAUCUCGUCGAGUUUAAUAACUACAUAAAUAAAUAAAUAGCUAACGAAAAAAAUCAAUUUAUACCUAUAGUUUAUGACUCAAUUUAAUGUGCUAAAAAGUUUUAUUUUUAAUUUGUGCAAAAAAAAUGUGUGGUUAUGUGUAUUUUUGUAUGACGGUACUCAUGUAGGUGAUGAACUAUCAUUAUUAUUAUUCACCUAUAUAUAACUUUGUGAUUAAAAAAAAACAACAAAUCACCUUAUAAGUAUGCAGAUUGUGUUCAACAAAAAAAAAAAAGAAGAAAAUUGAAUGUUGAUCAUGUCCGUCAUUAUUUUUUCAAUGACACCAUUUACAAUUACAUGUUGACCAACAAUGAGAGAUUUUAGCUGAUGAUGUUUACCUUGAUUCUAGCAAAUUCAAUCUUGAAUAAAGUAACAAUAUGUAUUAGAUAGACUAAUAAAUUUAAGUUACUAUGAGAAAUAUUGUUGUAUUUGACAAUAAAUUGUCUGAAUUAAAAUAUGACAUUGUCAAUGGAGAGAAAAAAAAGUUCAACAGUCAGUUAUACACCUGGCAAAGAUGAUUAUAAUAAUGAAAAUGAUGAUGAGAUUCAUAUGUCCUUGGCACCGUACAUACAAACAUAUUUGGCAAGUAAUGGGCAUGGUGGUGGUUGUUGUGGUAUUGAUUUACCAGUACCAUUUGAAAGAGCAGCACCAAGAUCUUGGUGGAAUCCAAAAUUUGAUUCUGAAAUACUUGAAGAACAAUACAAAAUAAGUGCAUUUCCACAACUUAGAUUAAGAUUUAGAUAUGCACUAUUUUAUAUUUUACUGAUAUCAUUAACUUGGCUAAUUUAUUUUAUUUACAAUAAUACCAUUGAAAAUGAUACAAGCAUAUGGCCAAAUGGAAUACUUGGAGGUAUAUUUAUUUUUACAUUACUCAUACUUUAUUUAACGUAUACAAAAUAUUAUCGUCGUUAUAUAUUUGUAACAUCAUUAUCAAUGGCAGUAAUACUUGGUAUAUUAUCAUUAUUAUUAUUGUCAUUAACACCAUCAGAUACAUAUGGAUUAACACUUGUUGGUCAUUUUUCAUUAUUUGCUGAAAUUCAAUUGUUAAUUUAUACGGUUAUACCAAUGCCACUUUAUGCUUGUGUUGUACUUUGUACAUUAUAUUCAAUUAUAUUUGAAUUACAAACGUAUCAAUUGAAACAGCAUCAAUCAUCAUUAAUUAUCAACAAUAAUAAUAUUGAUAUUGAUAAUAGUAUAUAUUUUUUGAAUAUUGAAAAAAGCUUAAUAAUUCGUAUAUUAAUGCAUAUAUCAAUUCAUAUAAUUGGUAUUCAUAUAUUGAUAAUGACAUUUGUAAGAAUGCGUGGUACAUUUAUGAAAGUUGGACAAUCAUUAUUGGUACGUCGUCAAUUAGAAAUGGAAAAACAAUUAAAAGAAAAAAUGAUACAUUCAGUUAUGCCACCAAAAGUUGCUGAUUGGUUGAUGGAAGAAAGUGAACGUGAACGUGAACGUGAAGAUUCAUUAAAAAAAGGUUCAAUACCAUCAAAUAAUACUGAUUUACGUUCAUUAUUUCGUCCAUUUAAUAUGCAUUCAAUGGAAGAUGUUAGUAUAUUAUUUGCUGAUAUUGUUGGUUUUACUAAAAUGAGUUCAAAUAAAACAGCUGAAGAACUUGUUGCAAUAUUAAAUGAUUUAUUUGAAAGAUUUGAUGAUUUAUGUGAGCAUCAUGGUUGUGAAAAAAUAUCAACACUUGGUGAUUGUUAUUAUUGUGUAUCUGGUUGUCCAGAGCCAAGAUCUGAUCAUGCAAAAUGUUGUGUUGAAAUGGGUUUAGCUAUGAUUGAAGCAAUUAAACAAUUUGAUAUUGAAAGAAGAGAGGGUGUUAAUAUGAGAGUUGGUGUACAUACUGGUACUGUACUUUGUGGUAUUGUUGGUACAAAAAGAUUUAAAUUUGAUGUAUGGUCAAAUGAUGUUACACUUGCAAAUAAACUUGAAAGUACUGGUAAACCAGGACGUGUACAUUUAAGUGAAAAAACAUUAAGUUUUCUUGAUGAUGAAUAUUUAACUGAAGAUGGUGAUAUGAUAAAAGGUGUUAAAACAUUUUUUAUAAAAUCAAAAAAAAUUGAUUUAGUUAAUGAAUUUAUAACAAAUGUUAAUACUGCUAAAUCAAGUAUAUCACCAUUAAUGAUAUCAAGAAACCGUUUAAAUUCAUGCAAUAAUCAAGGUAAAAUACGUCCUCAUUAUCUUUAUAUGAUGACAAAUACAAAUAAUUAUAAAGUCAAAGCAAAUUCUUUACCAAGUAUAUUAGACAGUGAAAAUGAUGAAGACAUGGAAGAAGAAGAUGAGGAAGAGGAUGAUGAAGAAGGUGGUGGUGAUGAUGAUGUUGAAGAAAACGGAAAAAAUAAAGAAAUAAUUAAAAAAGUUGAUAUAAAUGAGACAAAAGAGAUUGAAAAUACUAAAGAAAAGAAAAAAAAGAAAAAAAAAAAAGAAUCAAAUAAAAGUCCAUUGUCAACAGCAAGUUGUGAAAAUAAAAAACUCAGAGGAAAACCAUGGAGAUAUUUAAAGAGACAAAAGACCACUGAGACAAUGUCACCCACAGAUAUUUAUUCAAUAAAACAAGAGAAUACUGCUAAUGUCAAAGAGACAAAUGAUAUAAAUAAAUAUCUCGAACAAAAUGGGACACAACAAUCAGUUUAUUGUGUUGAAAUGGAUCCAAAUCCAGUGCCAUCAAGUCCCUUACUGCCAAGAGAUGAUAGUCUUAGUCAUACGUCAUCAAUUUGCAGUAGAAAAGAUUCUGGAAUACGUAGUAAUAGUAGAAGAAGUAGUAUACAACAACAAUUAUAUUUAAUGAAUGGUAUGACACAAGAAAAUUUAUUGAGUCAACGUGUAAGUGGUUAUUACACAUCAAAUUCAACAUUAAAUUCAAAUCAAGAACCAUCAUCGUCAGCAGCAACAAUAAAUGGUACGGGUACAAUAUCAACAGCAUCACCAACAUAUACAUAUCCACAUCCAUAUCCACCAACAGUUGCUGAUACAUUUGGUGCUUGUUUUCAUAAAUUACGUAAACAAUCAGAUUUACAAUUAAUACGUUGUGUACAAGAUAAUGUUACAUCACAAAGAUCGUAUUUUGUUAAACCACCAUUAUCAAGAAUAACAUUAUUUUUUAAAAAUAAUGAUAUGGAAAAAGAAUAUCGUGAAAAUGCUCAUAAAGCUAGUGAAAAUAUUGGUGGUAAUCCACCAACACUAGCAACAUCAAGAUUUAAUACAUAUUUUGAUAUUUUAGUAUCAGCAUUAGUUUAUUCAUCAAUAACAAUAUCAUUAUUUUUACUUUGUCAAUCAAAUAAACCAACAUAUUAUUUUUUAAUAUUUUGUGGUAUUGCAACAGCAAUACAAGUAUUUGUUGUUGCAUUAUGUAUAAGACAACUUGUUGAUCCAAACUCAAUUUAUGCAUUUUAUACACAAAAAAUUUUUAAAUUUUUUACAAAAUGGUAUCCUUGGCAUGCAUGUGGUGCAAUUCUAGUUGCAUUACCAGUUAUAUCAAUUCUUAUGAAUCUUGGCUGUAAUAAUACAAUAACAAAUCAUAAUAUUAAUAAUGAUAUUGAUUAUUAUUAUUGUUAUUUGAUAUUUGUUGGUUUAGUACAUUUUUGUAAUUUUACACAAUUAAAUUGUUGGAUGAAAAAUUUUUUAGUUACAAUAACAGCAAUAUUAUUUAUUAUUUUACUUACAACAAGUGUCAUUAACUCGCCAUUAUACUUAUCAAAUAAUAAUGUCAAUAAUAUUAAUAAUAAUAUAAAAUUAAAUAAUGAAUCUCACAAUGAUAUUGAAAAUAAUAUCAAUGGGAUUAUUCCUAUUGAUUUAAAUGUGCCAUUUAAUUUAAAAAAUAAUACAACGAAAAUGGCUAUUAAUAGUAAUAAUAAUACAAAUACAAAUACAAAUUUAACAAAUAAUAGUGAUAAAAAAGCAUACAACGAAAGUUUUUAUAAAAAAGAAUUAUUUAUUGAUAUUUUUUUAUUACUUGUACUUGUGUGGCUUUUAAAUCGUGAAUUUGAAAUAAGUUAUCGUUUAAGUUUUCAUGGUAAUGCUGUUGCAGCGCGAGAUAAAAGUCGUGUACAAUCAAUGAAAAAUCAAGCUGAUUGGUUAUUGCAUAAUAUUAUACCAAAAUAUGUUGCUGAUCAAUUAAAAACAACAGCAAAAUAUUCACAAAAUCAUAAAUCAGUUGGUAUAAUAUUUGCAAGUAUUGUUAAUUUUAAUGAAUUAUAUGAUGAAUCAUAUCUUGGUGGUAAAGAAUAUUUACGUGUAUUAAAUGAAUUAAUUGGUGAUUUUGAUGAAUUAUUAGAAAAAAAUGAAUUUUCAAAUGUUGAAAAAAUUAAAACAAUUGGUAGUACAUUUAUGGCAGCAAGUGGAUUAAAUCCACAAGUUAGAAAUAAAUGUAAAAAUGAAUAUACUCAUAUAUAUCAACUUAUUGAUUUUGCUGUUGCAAUGCAAAAAGUUAUAUUUGAUUUUAAUCGUGAUCUUCUUGGUUUUCAAUUAAUAUUGAGAAUUGGCUUUAAUUAUGGUGAUGUAACUGCUGGUGUUAUUGGUUCAACAAAAUUAUAUUAUGAUAUUUGGGGUGAUGCAGUUAAUAUUGCAUCAAGAAUGGAUUCAACUGGUGUUGCUGGAAGAAUUCAAUUAGCCAGUAAUUGUAUUGAUAUUCUUAGUGAUAAAUAUGAAUUUGAACCACGUGGACAAGUUUAUGUUAAAGGCAAAGAUAAUAUGAAUGUAUUUUUAUUAACUGGUAAAAAAAAUAUUUAAUGCUAGAUUUUAUUUUCUUUUUUUAUUUUUUAAUAAAAUAUAUAUUUUAUUGAAUAUGAAAAAAAACAAAAAACAAAAAUCAAGUAUAUCAAAAUAAUAAAUAAAUCGCUAUAUACUUGUAUAUUGGUAAUGCUUGUUUAAAUUGUAUUUAUUAAAUUUUUUUUUUUUUCGUCUUUUCUUGCCAAAAAAUAAAAACAGCUUUCCAAUUAUUAUUAUUAUUAUUACUAUUAUUUUUAUUAUUAUUAUUAAGUGCAAACUUUUAACAAGAAUGUUAUACAUAUUAAUGUAAUUAUUUGUUUUUUGUUUUAUGUACAUUAUGUUGCACAAGUGCUCAAGAAAAUACCCAAUAAUUUAAAAAAAGAAAAAUAUUAAAUAUCUUAUAAAUUUUAUAUUAAUAUAUAAAAAGUUAUUCGCAGUUGUUGAUAUUUAUAAAUGAUGAAAAACUACACAUAUAUAAUAAAAGCUGAGGAGCAAAAAAAAAUUUUUUGUUAAUCAGCAAAACAUUCCAAUUAUUUCAUAAAUAAAUAUUUACAAAAAAAAAAAAACAAACAAAUUAAGAUGAUGAAAAGGGGUGCCAUAUGUAUAAAUAAAUUUCAAAAAAGAAAAAAAAAAAAACCACAACAACAACGAAUAAAGUGCCUGUAUGCAAAAAAAAAAAAAAAAAAAAAAUUAUAUGAUAUAUGUUUUGAAUGUAUACACGCAAAUUAAUAUUGUAAUAAUAAUUGUAUCAUUGUUUGUUAAAAAUAAUGAAAUAUUUUCCAUCAUUAUUUGAUGAGAAAAAUUUCUGUAUAUUGAAUGGAUCUUUGUGUCGAAUCUCCAAAUACGAUUUCAAUAAUGGUGUUUUUAUUAUUGUGUGUUUGACUAUAAAAAUAGCAAUGAAUUGAUAUUAUAUUGAUGUAAAAUCUGUCAGGUACAGUUGAAACAAACUCAGGGUUAAAUAUGCUUUUGAAGAAACCCCUCCCAGAUAUUUAACUACAGAAAUAAAUAAAUAAAAAAAUUGACUUGGAUGUUUAAUAUUAUUCAGACAAAUUUAUUCUUUUAAUGAUUUGAAAAU